GUAAAUAUAUUGUUAAUUUGGAGAUACAGAUAGGGAAAUGCCGAACGGAAGUAACUAAUGUCAUAUAAAAUAAAGACAUUUGCAUAAUAUUUGUUUAAUAUGAGGUGCAGUUUAUAUUUAAUUUCUAAGCAAAUAAGAAAAUCGAAAUUUUACUUCAGCUCCUGAGUCUAUAUUGAUUUUCCUAUACGUUUUUAACAACAUAAGUAAAAUGACGCACAAUUCAACAACCGUUUUAAGUUCUACACCUGUCAAACGAAGAGGUGGUCAGCAUACUAUUUGGACACGAGAAAAAAUUUACAAACUAAUUGAGCUCUAUCGUGCAUCUGAAUGUUUGUGGAACCAUUAUUCGGAGUUAUACAAAAACAAAAGUUGUCGAAAUAAAGCUAUAAAUCGCAUAUGUACAGCUCUCGAAAUUUCAAAAAUUGACUAUGGGAAAAAGGUUCACAACCUACGAAACCAGUUUAAUUCGGAACUGAAAAAGUAUGAAGCACGCUUAGAAAAAACGGGAGGAAAAAAAGUUGUAUCACCAAAAACACGCCGCUGGGAGCACUUUGAAACGUUGAUGUUUUUGCGACCUUUUAUUGAACCUCGGCCUGGGUAUCAUCAACCACAAAUCAAGCAGAAAGUUGUAAAAAGACAUAGGAUUUCAACCUUCAACGAUAACACAGAACCUCAACUUUCCACUAUAGAGAACCAACUUGAGGAUAUUAUACAGCUACAAAUAUUGAGUUGCAAGGACACAACUGACGCUAAUGCAAAAGAACAAGGAACUUGUGAAGUACAACGGAGUUGUUCUUCAAUAAAAACGUACAGUUGUUCUCCAAGUUUCAUUCAGAGCGGAGGACAAAGUUGUGUAGCGCUAUCGGAAUCCAGACAUUCAAGUCUGCGGGAUCAGUGGGAUUCGUUCGGUGAACUAAUAGCAAAUGAGUUACGCAAUUUGAAAUCUUCAAUAUCUCGAAAAAAACUCAAACGCAAAAUUAUGCAAGUUAUGUUAGAAGUAGGUGAAGAAGAUGACAAAGAGUAAACAAGCGUCAAUUAAACUCGCCUAUAUCUAUUGAUUUAAAAAUAAAAAAGUACAUUCAAUGAGUCUGCGUUAACAAAGAAAUAAGUUCACAGUAAAAAAUACUAAACCAGUACAACAAAUUCUUGAACGAUAAAAAAA